UUUUGUUAUUUUCGCUGCCGGUACAUGAUGCAAUACAACUCGUUUUUGUCAACACUGUUAGUAUAGUGCUACUGUCGCAGCUGAGUGUGUAUCGCAAUGUCGAAGAAGAUUCGCAGCUGCUUUUUUGGAAUCAUCUUCAUUUUUUCCCUCAUGACACUACAUUUUGUAAUGGUCAACUUGUAUUUUGGUAGAAAAGAAACUAAUCGUUCUUCAGACUGGAAUGAUGGCGAUUACCUUGGAAUAGACGGUGAAUUUACACCGUUCCCCAUUCAUUGCUCUACGUGUGCUCUUAUUGGAAUGUCAGGUCAUCUUCUAAAUUCCUCACUUGGUAAAGAAAUUGACGAUGAUCACUUGUGCGUUUUCCGACUGGGAUUUUCACCAACUAAAGGAUUUGAGCUUCAUGUUGGAUCUCGAACUACCGUGAGAAUUGUGGAUAGUUUUCGGUUUUAUCCAUUCUUGAAGCAGCCUUGGAAAUUAGCGACUGGUCCAUAUAAGUCUGACAUAUGGAUAGUGUUCGAUCGACAAACGGGUGACAUAAGUCGCUUCCACGGUCCCGUCCUCAGGGAUCUGGUUAAAAAGAUGAACUCUCGCUUUUUGUGGAUGGCCCGGAGGGCAGAAAGAGAUGUCUUGAAAUCACUAUCUGAAGCAAACCAGAACAUUGGGUAA